AAGAGAAGACUCGACCCUCCCCACGUGACAGGGUUUGUAAUGAGGUAAUUGACAGUGUUACUUUCACUUCCCCCCGGCGAACGCUGCGAGCCGAACGCAGGUUCAUCGAUUCGGAAUAAAACCAAAUUUCUUUUAACAACGUUCUGCGGAAAAGCCAGGACACGAAAUUGCAGCUCUUUGAUCGCCAAAAUUUGCUGAGCAACGUGCGUGAGAAUCGGGACCAGUCAGUGACCAUGUCACUGUCCCAGCCAAAGGGGUGAAGUCUGGCCACACCCGGGAGAUUUUAAACUUCCCAGAAGACCCAACCAGAUCAAGUUACAGUGAAGAUGAAGGUUCUUUGCAUCUGUUCUAGCUCCACAGUGAGCGCCUCUCUGCCUGAUUUCAUCAUUUUCUUCAUUAUUUAUCACAUUCACAAGUUGGAAUCAGCCCAAUUCAGAGUGAUGGGUCCUGGUCACCCUGUCACUGCCAUUGUGGGUGAGAACAUUGUGUUACCCUGUCACCUGUCCCCCAGGUUGAGCGCUGUGAACAUGGAGGUGAGAUGGUUCCGAUCUGAGUUCACUUCAGUUGUUCACCAGUAUCAUGAAGGAAAGGAUCAGUAUGGAGAACAGAUGCCAGACUAUCAUGAAAGGACCGAGCUUUUGAAAGCUGGCAUCACGGAUGGGAAUGUUUCCUUGCAGAUUCUUAAUAUCAGACCCUCAGAUGAAGGACAAUACAGCUGCUUUGUUCAAGAUGGUUCUUUUUAUGAAGAAGCCCUAUUGGAACUGAAGGUAGCAGUUUUGGGCUCCAAUCCUCUCAUCUCUGUGGAGAGCCACCAGGAUGGAGGGAUCCGGGUGGUUUGUCAAUCGGCUGGAUGGUACCCAGAGCCCAAGGUGCUAUGGAGAGAUCACAGUGGGCAAGAAUUACCAUCACUCUCUGAAGCAAAAUCGCUAGGAGAUAGUGGCCUGUUUGAAACAGAAAAUUCUAUUAUUAUAAAAGAAAAUUCAAACCAGAACCUGUCCUGUUGGAUCAGGAACACCGUUCUCAAUCAAGAAAAGGAAUCAACAGUUUAUAUAGCAGAUUCCUUUUUCCCGAGGGUGAAUCCAUGGAUGGUGGCUCUGAGUGUGAUCCUGGUGGUUUUGUUUGUUUCCAUUGGCCUCACUGUUUAUCUAUUUAAAAUAAAAGGACAUGGGCCAGCCGCAGACUGGAGAAGAAACAUCGUCUAUCCAGCACAUGUGACUCUGGAUCCAGACACGGCUCAUCCCCAACUCAUCAUCUCCGAGGAUCGGAAAAGUGUGAGAUGGGCACACCGACGGCAGCGACUCCCCAACAACCCUGAGAGAUUUGACUCUGAUCCCUGUGUGCUGGGCUGUGAGGGAUUCACCUUGGGGAGAUGUUGCUGGGAGGUGGAGGUGGGAGGUGGGCGAUACUGGGCUGUGGGGGUGGCCAGAGUGUCUGUGGGGAGGAAGGGAGAGAUCAGCCGUAGCCCUGAGGUGGGGAUCUGGGCUGUGGAGCAGUGCGGGGGUCAGUUCCAGGCUCUCACCUCCCCUGUGACCCCCCUGCCCCUGAGCCGGGCCCCCAGCAGGAUCUGGGUUUGUCUGGACUGUGACCGGGGGCAGGUGACAUUUAUCGAUGCUGGUGACGAGGCCCCGAUCUUCACUUUCCCGCCGGGCUCCAUCCCUGGGGAGAGAAUCCGACCCUGGCUCUGGGUGGGGACAUGGGGAUCCCAGCUCAGACUGGCCCAGCUGGAGAAGCUGGACAAGGAGAUUGUGAGGAUCCAGAAUGAAAAUGUCAGUAAACGCUCCGAGCAGAUUUCCUGUCUGAGUGAGCUGAUCAAUGAGCUGGAGGGGAAGUGUCAGAAGCCAGCGAGUGAAUUCCUACAGGAUGUCAGAGCCACCUUGAGCAGGUGUGAGAUGGGGAAGUUCCAGCAGCCAGAGGAGAUUUCUACUGAACUGGAAGAGCAAGUCAGUGGUUUCUCCCAGAAAACGAUUGUGUUAUUGGAGAUUCUGGGGAAGUUCAAAGACACUCUGCCGUCUGAACUGGAGAGAAAAAGGGGAGAAUCAUUUGGAGCACACAGACAGGCGAAUGUGACUCUGGAUCUAGACACGGCUCAUCCCAACCUCGUCCUGUCUGAGGAUCAGAAAAGUGUGAGAUGGGGAGACACGUGGCAGCAACUGCCCAACAACCCUGAGAGAUUUGACUAUUGGUCCUGUGUGCUGGGCUGUGAGGGAUUCACCUCGGGGAGACAUUGCUGGGAGGUGGAGGUGGGGGGUGGGCGAUACUGGGCUGUGGGGGUGGCCAGAGAGUCUGUGGGGAGGAAGGGACUGAUCAACCUUAGCCCUGGGGGCGGGAUCUGGGCUGUGGAGUGGCAGGGUCUGUUCCACGCUCUCACCUCCCCUGACACCCGCCUGCCCCUGAGCCGGGCCCCCAGCAGGAUCCGGGUUUGUCUGGACUGUGACCGGGGGCAGGUAACCUUCAUCGAUGCUGGUGACGAGGCCCCGAUCUUCACUUUCCCGCCGGGCUCCGUCUCUGGGGAGAGAAUCCGACCCUGGCUCUGGGUGUGGGUGGGAUCCCAGCUCAGAUUGUGUCCCUGAGACACACAGCAGAACUGGAAAUCAGCCUGUCUAGCCACACACAGCCUAGUCUCUAUGACCUUGGAGGACUCCCAUCUAUCCAGUCUCUGGCUCCUCAUCUGUAUGGCCCCUGGAAGCACCUCCCCUGCCCUA